AUGUCGGCGAAGAAAAUGACGUCACCAAAUCAAAUGCAAAAACAAGUCGAAUGUGGUAAAGCACCGAAAUCUAUAGAUCGUGUGGACGUAGGUAAUCCUGAUCAAGGUGAUCGCUUACCUCAUAUUCAUUUCAAAGAUGGCCGACAUGCUCUGUAUAACGAUGGCACUUGGAAACAUGGAGGAAGAACUCUAUAUCGCGAGGAAAUACAAUGGUUAAAUGAGAAUGGUUGGCCUUUACCGAAAUAA